UCAGUGGGUUUAGUUCGAGUCUGGAAGGUGCUGCGAGAGGUGUUCCCAAACAUUGUUCAUUUUCACUUCCCUGUUACGUAACCGAAAUGGCGUUGGUCUGCGUGGAGGACUUUGAGAAGAAGGCCGCUGGGCAGCUGGAAAAGAAUGCCCUGGAUUACUACCGCAGCGGAGCGGGUGAGCAGUUCACUUUGGGACUGAAUCGCGAGGCUUUUCGACGGCUGCGUCUGCGUCCGCGUUGCCUGAGGGAUGUCUCCCGCCUGGACAUUGGUUGCCGGAUCUUCGGGGAGCAGAUGAAAUGGCCACUGGGCAUUGCGCCCACUGCCAUGCAGAAGAUGGCCCAUCCCGAUGGAGAGGUGGGCAAUGCCAGGGCGGCCGGUAAAGCUGGCUCCAUCUUUAUACUCAGCACGCUGUCCACCACCUCGCUGGAGGAUUUGGCAGCCGGUGCUCCAGACACAAUCAAGUGGUUCCAGCUGUACAUCUACAAGGAUCGCACCAUAACAGAGAAGCUGGUGCGUCGUGCCGAGAAGGCCAACUUCAAGGCCCUCGUCCUCACCAUCGAUGCCCCCAUCUUUGGCCACCGCCGUGCCGAUGUGCGCAACAACUUCAGCCUGCCAUCGCACCUAACCUUGGCCAAUUUCCAGGGCGUGAAGGCCACCGGAGUGGGCAACGCCACCAUGGGCGCCUCGGGCAUCAACGAGUACGUGUCCAGCCAGUUUGAUCCCACCAUCACCUGGAAGGACAUUGCCUGGCUGAAGGGCAUCACCCAUCUGCCCAUUGUGGUCAAGGGCGUUCUGACUGCCGAGGAUGCCGUGUUGGCCCGGGAGUUCGGAUGCGCCGGACUCAUCGUUUCCAACCACGGAGCCCGCCAGAUCGACACGGUUCCGGCCUCGAUUGAGGCUCUGCCGGAGAUCGUGAGAGCCGUGGGCGAGGAUCUGGUGGUUAUGCUGGACGGGGGCAUCAUGCAGGGCAACGAUAUCUUCAAGGCUCUGGCCCUCGGAGCGAAGACCGUGUUCGUGGGUCGUCCGGCUGUCUGGGGACUGGCCUACAACGGGCAAAAGGGCGUGGAGGAGAUGCUGAGUGUGCUGCGCAAGGACUUUGAGAUCACCAUGGCGCUGAUCGGUUGCCAAGCUCUGAAGGAUAUCACCCCGUCGAUGGUGGUGCAUGAGAAACAAUAUGCCAAGCUGUAGACCCGGAACCCUUUAUUAUACCCUUCUGUUAUAACUCCAAUGAAAUCGUCAAUAAAGAUAAACUGAAAAAAUAAAAUUAGGGUCAAUUCAGAUUCAUUUUAUAUUGCCUGAGACUUGGUAGAUACAAGUACGACGUAUCAAUAAAUAAAAACUAAACAGCAAAAAUGAUUUCGUAAGAUUUCUCUCCAAAUUUCAUUCAACCAAGUUUACAUUUUAAAACUACGGAAACUCCACUCAAAUAAAUUGAACUUGAAAGCUAAUUUUCUUUGAGCCGGAUUAACCAGUAUUAACGAUUGUAAAAUAAAACAUAUUUAAAGAACA